AAAAACAGAUGAAUGGGCAGAUUAAAGUGUAUUAUACUGUAAGUUAAUCUCCUGGUCGAAUCACGUUUAAAAUCGGUUAUUUAUUGUCCCGGGUCUUAUUGACGUGUUUUGAUUUUGAUUACCCAAAGUGAGGAUUUUAUAAGUAUUGUGAUAUUUGGUGGCUCCAGUCGCAAAUGUAUAUUUCUUUAUUAAGACCAUGUGGUUGAAAUGAUGGGCACACAUUUAGCGAUAAAAUGCCUAUAUUAACGUGUAUAAAAGGACAACAUGUGACAAUCUAAACUAUGGAUACAGUAAUAUGGAUUAGUAGACAGUGAAAGGUAUAAGAGCCGACCCAGCGAUCACAACGAUGUCGAAUUCAUCAGAGACCGAGUUCGACUUCAUUGAUGCCUACGCCCGGCCGUUUUUCGAAUGGCUUCAUAUAAACGUUCUUCCCAUUCUUACAGCUGUAUUGCAUAUUAUCGCCAUCUUCCUAAGUUUUGGCCUCAAUGGGGCAUUUCUUCACAUGUGCCGAAGAACUAAACGUCUAGCUGACCCGAACACGAGGCUCAUUAUCAACCUUAUUACCGUUGACUUCAUAGCUGUUGUUAUAGUGAACAUACCUGCAACAGUGUCAGCCCUGUCGUUAAGAUGGUUCUUCGGGGAUAUUGUUUGUUACAUUCACGGGGUUAUCGUAUGUAUGGUAUUUUUGAAUAACUUUCACGGACUAUGCUUGAUCUGCAUAGAACGAACAUGGAAACUAUGCAACCCCAAUUUUUAUGACAAGACAUUUGGUAAUCCUAACGUAGUUACUGCUAGUAUACUGAUACAAUGGUUCCUAAACGGAAUAGUAGCCAUCAUCCCAUUUUGGGGAAUAAAUGGCUUGGCGCCCAUUUCGUAUCAACAAUACCAAUAUCAAUGCAACUUGAACUUUACCAGCAGCUUGGGCCAUAUGCUGGCCUAUAUUGGAUGGGGAUUUCUAUAUCCAUUUAUGUUUUGCACUGUUUGUUUUGUCUGUAUUCUCCACAAAAGAAGAAAAUUAUUACGAGAGGCAGAGCCGAAUGUUGAGCAGAAAUCGGAGAGUAAGGUGGAACUCAUUGAAAAAUCCAAAAGCCCUCGUGUCUUGAGCGCUGUCAAGGAAAGGCCAGAGACUGCACCGAAUUCUGGUUCGCGUCCACGUACGCAAGAAACAGCUGUUACAAUGCAUGAUAUUGAAGUUACGAACGGAGAUGAAAAAGAUGUGAUUAAUCAAAGGGCCGAGAUCGUCCAAGAAACAAAUCUGACGAAACAAGAUUCUGGACCUCCAAACGUCAAGGACAAUCGUAGGAGAUCCGUCAAGAGGCGUAGGACUUCAUCUCUUCGGAGUUAUGACCCGCUGAGUGAUUCUCUGAUUGCAAGAGAAUUGGGGCAGAUGCUGACAUUUGGAGAAAUGAGCGAUCAGCAACAAGAAUUUCAUCUUGCAAUGACAGCAGUGCUGCUUUGGAUAUUUACGUACCUCACGUGGAUACCAUUCAUAGCAGUCGUAUUUUAUAAGACCUUCUACACGAUCGAAGAGACUUGGGCCGGUUGGUGGACCUCUGGUAUAAUCGUAGUUGACCUGUGUUGGAUCAUUAGGCCCAUUGUCAUCCUGAGCCACAACAAACAGAUCAAAGAGGAAGUGAAGGAGGUUUUGCCAGAUAUAUGGAAGGAGAAAGCUGAAAGGGUGAAAUCAAGGUUCGAUCAAAGUAUGAACACGCUGGACAGAUCUCUCCACAUCACUCCCAAAAUGAAAAGAAACUCAAUCAAAACGGAUAAGCCUGUUAAGAUGGCGAAUAUACAGAAACAGAAAAGCCAGAAAAGUAUAACUGAUGAGUCUAAUCCUAUUGCAAAACAAGAAUCUAAGAUGAGUUUAGUAACUGAAAAGAUCAUAGUAACUCCACUGCCUAAUGAGAUUAAUGAUAAUUCUGAACCGAAUAUUCCUGGAGGGACGGAUAGUUCACCAUCAAAGGAAGAUAUUUCAAACAAGACAAAUACGGAAUUAAAAUAACAAAACUAAACAAGUGGUAUUAGAAUAUAUAUUUUUUGUCUGGAUGUCAACUUGUACAUAAAACAAGAAGCAUAAGCGUAAUUAUAUGAUUUUGGAUAAUGUUUAUUACUUGUAUAUCAGUACUUUAUAUACAGUACUCUUUGAUAGUUGAUACUGUUACCAAUUAGCAAAUUAUUGUUAAAUAUCCCAGAUGCGAGUAGAAA